AUGAAUUUCCUCCGGCGACGUCUCUCAGACAGUAGUUUUGUGGCAAAUUUGCCCAAUGGCUACAUGAUGGACUUGCAGAGGCCUGACAGCUCCACAAGCUCCCCCGCUUCUCCUGCCAUGGAGAGAAAGCACCCGCAGCCACCCCAACCCUCACACUCCCCCUCUACUGGCACCAGCAUCUUCAGCUCCAUCUCCAGUGCCAUGAAGCAAACCACGCAAGCGGCCGCAGGACUAAUUGACCACUCGGUCAGCCCCACACCACCUGUGGCCCAGAAACCCAAGAUCCUCCUGGUGAUCGAUGAUGCACACACAGAUUGGGCCAAGUAUUUCCAGGGGAAGAGGGUGAAUGGAGAAUUUGAUAUUCGAGUGGAACAGGCUGAGUUCUCCGAGCUGAACCUGGCUGCUUAUGUCACGGGCGGCUGCAUGGUGGACAUGCAGGUCAUGAGGAAUGGCACCAAGGUGGUUUCUAGGUCCUUUAAGCCUGACUUUGUCCUGAUCCGGCAGCAUGCCUACAGCAUGGCACUGGGAGAGGACUUCCGCAGCCUCAUCAUUGGCCUCCAGUACGGUGGCAUCCACACGGUCAACUCCCUUUACUCCAUCUACAACUUCUGCAGCAAGCCCUGGGUGUUCUCUCAGCUCAUUAAAAUCUUCAACUCGCUGGGUCCUGAGAAGUUCCCCCUCGUGGAGCAAACAUUCUUCCCAAGCCAUAAGCAGAUGCUCACAACUCUGAAUUUCCCAGUAGUGGUUAAGCUGGGGCAUGCUCAUGCUGGAAUGGGGAAGGUGAAAGUUGAGAACCAGCACGACUUUCGGGACGUGGCCAGCAUAGUAGCCAUGGCAAAAACCUACGCCACCACUGAGCCAUUCAUCGACUCCAAGUACGACAUCCGAAUCCAGAAAAUUGGCAGCAACUACAAGGCUUACAUGAGGACGUCCAUCUCUGGAAACUGGAAGGCAAACACAGGUUCCGCGAUGCUAGAACAGAUUGCAAUGACAGAGAGGUACAGACUCUGGGCGGACGCCUGCGCAGAAAUGUUUGGAGGUCUUGACAUCUGCGCUGUCAAAGCUGUCCACAGCAAAGAUGGAAAGGACUAUAUCAUUGAGGUGAUGGACAGCUCAAUGCCCCUGAUUGGGGAGCACGUAGAAGAGGACAGACAACUUAUAGCCGACCUGGUUGUUUCCAAAAUGACUCAGCUUGUCAGCACUGCUGGAUCUACACCAUCACCUCUGAGGCCUUGGCCUCCACAAGCUCAGCCUGCAUCAAUUAAAUCUCAGAUUGGACCUCAGCUCGGACAACUGUCCCAACCACGGCCUCCUCCCCAAGGUGGACCACGCCAGCCUCAGGGAUCUCAGUCCCCACGGACAAACGCACCCCCGCAGCAGCGGCUCUCUCCCCAGGGACAGCAGCCUCAGAGUCCCCAGUCCACAUCACCUCAGCAGCAAAGGUCACCUGGAUCUCCACAGCAAGUCCGAUCAGCAACUGGAUCCUCUCCAGUCCAGGCUUCCAAGGCAGGAAUGUUUCCUCCACAGCAGCCAAGACCUCCUGCUCAAGGCCGGGCUCCUAACCAGCCAAGCCCCACUGAAACAUCCAAGCAGCAAGCCAGCCCACAACCACAUCUCAACAAAUCGCAGUCCCUGACAAACACCUUCAACAUACCUGAAUCAUCUCAGCGGGGAAAUCCCAACGAAGACGAAGCAAAAGCUGAGACCAUCCGCAACCUGAGGAAAUCAUUUGCCAGCCUGUUUUCUGAUUAACAGCCCUGCAGCUGAUCUACCCUCUUGUCAGCCCUCACUCUUCAUAUCAGCAUACCUGAUGUCAUCUUGGAAUACCUUCAGUGGUAGCCAGUGAUUUACAACUAACACCUGGGCAAAGGGAAUUUAGAAGACUACAGUUGUUUUAAUACAAAGA